AUGAUGACGAACGGAAUCGCUGAUGCGCAACAAAAUGGCGGUGGCCAGGAAGACUCAAAGACCAAUCUUAUCGUCAAUUAUUUACCGCAGCAGAUGACCCAGGAGGAGAUACGGUCGCUUUUCUCUAGCAUCGGAGAGGUGGAAAGCUGCAAGCUGAUUCGGGACAAAGUGACUGGGCAAAGCCUUGGGUACGGAUUCGUUAACUAUCAACGGGCUGAGGAUGCAAGCAAAGCGAUCAACACACUGAACGGCCUAAGGUUGCAAAACAAGCAAAUUAAGGUAUCGUUUGCACGCCCAAGCUCCGAAGCAAUAAAGGGUGCGAAUCUCUAUGUGUCCGGUUUGCCGAAAAACAUGCUACAGGCGGAUCUGGAAGCAUUGUUCAGCCCGUACGGACGCAUCAUUACGUCCCGCAUUCUGUGUGACAAUAUUACAGCACGACAAUACAGCUCUCCAAAUGGUGGUGAAAAUGGUAAUGGUCUUUCAAAGGGUGUCGGCUUUAUUCGCUUCGAUCAGCGCAUGGAGGCAGAGAAGGCAAUUAAGGAGUUGAACGGAACCGUACCGAAAGGUUCAACCGAACCGAUCACGGUCAAGUUUGCGAACAACCCGAGCAGCACGAAAACGGUACCACCGCUCGCGGCCUACCUUGGUCCCCAAGCAGCUCGCCGUUUUCCGGGACCGAUCCAUCAUCCGACCGGACGCUUUAGCAGUGCCAUUCCAAACUAUCGAUACUCGCCGCUGGCAGGAGAUUUACUGGCGAACUCGAUGAUUCCUACUAAUGCCAUCGCGAACGGAUCCGGUUGGUGUAUUUUCGUCUACAACCUCGCGCCGGAAACGGAAGAGAACGUGCUGUGGCAGCUGUUCGGUCCGUUCGGUGCCGUCCAAUCGGUUAAGGUUAUCAAGGAUCUGCAAACGAACAAAUGCAAGGGCUUCGGGUUCGUGACGAUGACCAACUACGAUGAAGCAGUUGUCGCUAUACAAUCACUGAACGGUUACACGCUCGGUAACCGGGUGCUGCAGGUCAGCUUCAAGACGAACAAAUCGAAAAAUGCGUAAAAUCAAGCGAACCUGCCACCGGAGCUGUUCGCCCACUGGCUGGCUCAGCUUUCGAUCGUAGCCGCGGCUCGUAACAACAUCGGUGAGCAAGAGGAUUCAUAUCGCCGCAAGACGAUGGACGAACGGCACCGGCAGCAGGAUCUACUGGGAUUGGCGCGCCGCCGACAAGGUACUCGCGAUA